UUUCCUCCUCUGGAUGCCAGGAGCGGGGUCCUUCUCCUGCAGUCACUUGGCUGUCAACUCCUCAGUUGUCAUCUUGGGAGGAAACAUCACAGCUUCUUGUACCAUCUGGAGAAACCACUGCCCCAUUGCAAAGGAUAGCAAAAUCCAGAUUAUUUGGAAAUUGAGCAACCAACAACUUCAAGGAUCCCAGUACAGCUUAAGCAAUGGAGUGGAAGUUUCCAACAUCACUCUCGGCCCCUUCAAGGAACCUGUGACUCCCCUGAGCUGCUACCUGCAGGAACAUGAUAUCCCACAGGUUGUGAACCUUACCCGGAUCAAGGCUGGAUACCCUCCAGGCCAACCUCAGAACCUCACCUGUGUCUUCAACCUUACCUCCAAGAGCCUGGCCUGCCAAUGGGACCCUGGCUGGGACAGCCUCCUCCCAACCCGUGUGGCCCUGAAGGGAUUCCGGAGCUCGAGGGAGUGCAAGGCCCUGACCCCCAUCACAGAUUGCAUUCCUGAGCCUGGCCAGCACUCCUGCACCUUUCAACGCCUGGAGCUGCAGCUGUAUCAAAAAAUGCUUUUCUGGGUGUCUGUGGAAAAUGCCCUGGGCAACGUGACCUCAGAGCGCUUGUGUGCAGACCCCAUGGACCUAGCCUGGCUGGAGCCCCCAAUCAUCCAGGACAUCAGGCCCCUCUUCGAGGAGAGCGACUGCAUGGAGGUCAAAUGGGAGGCCGCGAAGGAUAGCGAACUCAUGGAACAGGCCUGCGACCUGCGCUAUCGGGUGGAGGGCAGCCUGGAGUGGAGCCUUGUUCACAACAUCACCACCUCCAGCCGGCGGAUCCAGCAGUGUGGCUUCCUCUUUGGCAGCCUCUACCGCUUCCACAUGCGCUGCAGGCGCCUGCAUCUCAGCUACUGGAGCAGCUGGAGCCCAGCCAAGCUCUUCACUACCGACGAGAAAGCACCUUCAGGAAUGCUCGAUGCCUGGUGGGAACUGCGAGAGGCAAAGGAGGGGACAGAGGUGCAACUCCUGUGGCAGCCGAUGAAGCCGCAUGAGGCCAAUGGUAAAAUCCUGGGAUAUUGGGCAGCACUCAGCAUCAAUCAGCACGCAAGCAAUUCCCUCUCUCUGUGUAACACCACGGAGAAGCAAUGCACGUUCUUGAUGCCCCCAGGAGCCAGAAGGAUCUAUCUCUCAGCCUACAACUCUAGAGGUGCAUCUCAACCCACAGAAAUCUUCUUGCUGGAGAAAAACGGUCAGCCUGUGCUCAAGGUCCAGGCCUCCCCCCACAACGAGAAGAGCUUCCAGCUGUGGUGGGAUCCUCCAAGGACCCCAGCGACUGGCUACAUCAUUGAGUGGCACCAAGUGACUUCUGCAGCAACAGACCGCAACUUUGGGUGGCAAAAGCUACCGAACGGAAGCAUCAGAGAAAUCCUGAUCCAAGAAAACAUUGAACCUUUCCAGCGCUACAACAUCUCUGUCUACCCCCUCUACAGAGACCGAGUUGGGGUACCGCAGUCCAUAGAAGCUUACACACGGCAGAAAGCUCCAACCAACAGCCCAGAAGUACAUCCUCAAAACAUUGGGGUGUCCACAGCCGAGGUUCGGUGGAAUCCUCUCCCUAUUGAAGAACGGAAUGGGUUCAUCACUGGCUAUACUCUCUUCUGGAUCACUCGCGAUGAAGAACCUAGAAGUAUUGCUGUGAACGCUUCCGUAAACACCCUGACCAUCUCAGGUCUUCGGCCUUCAAAGAUGUACAGCCUGCAUCUCAUGACCUCUACAAUGGGUGGGAGCACCAAUGGGACCAGCCUUGCGAUCACCACCAAGGACAUGGAAUUCCUGGACAUCACCAUUGUGUACUUACUCAUUGGGCUGCUCUUGGCCAUGGUUAUUGGCAUGGUCAUCUGCUUUCAGAAGAGCAAAAGGAUGAAGACGCAGUUCUGGCCCAGCGUCCCUGACCCAGCCAACAGCAGUCUGGGCAAGUGGGCCCCCGCUGUUCUGCAGGAGGAGACUAUGCAGGCCCCCAAGGCGUGUGAGCUCAGCCCCAUCAUCGUUUCUGCCAUCCUCAUGAUUGAAGCAGACGAGAAGAAGUGCGUCUCCUGUGGGAAAAGCGAGCCCAGCCCAGCUGUGGAGGAGAGUCCGGCAGCCCCCUCUGACUCCGGUGCCCAUGAAGCCAAAGGAGCUGUGCCAACUGGGGGCUCAGGGCCAACCUCCUACAUCAACAACCCAGAGCCUGUUCAGUAUGCCAAGGUGCUGGGGGGCAGCUACCUCACUCAGCAAGAAGCCUCCUCGCCCACCGUCUACGUAUGCUCCAGCUCCAGGCAGCCUCUGCUCCGCAGCCUGACCCCUAGCCCAAAGCCCUACAAGAACCUCUGGUUCCACGGUGACCAGCCCAAGCAAGCCCCCCCCUCCAGCUUCCAAGAGGAGACGGUUUUCCUGGAUGGGGCCCUGCUUGAUUUCCCAUUGCUGCAGGGGCUCAAAAUUGAUGGCGAUGAAGACCUCUGCAACUUCCGACAGCUAUAA